GUGUUCUGUUCUGGUUUUCCCUCUGUCCACUUGGUUAACACAAGACGUGUCAUUACAAAAUCGAAUCUCUAAGCACUAAGACAUGGCGAGAAUUGCUGAAAUUUUUGUGUGUUUUGCAUUAGUUUUUUUCGUGAAUUUAAUCGAAUUAAGUGAUGCGGCUGGAGAAGCGUGCGGGACCAUUUUAUCGGUCCAGUUGUAUUGUCCAACAGGUUACCACUGUUGUGAUAAAGAUCUGUACACUUGUUGUGCAACGGGAUAUAUUUGUGCGGGCUCAAGCUGUAUCAGCAUUGCAGUGAUCAUAGUUCCUAUCAUCGUCGUUAUCGUGAUAAUCCUAGUCAUUGUUGUGAUAAUCGUCAAAAAGAACAAUGCUCGCCAGGGGGUAGUGAUCCAGCCAGGACAGCAACAAGGCAUAGGCAAUCAACCCCCCGGUUACGGUAAUCCAACCCCAGGAUACAACCAAGGUCCGGCGCCUUACUAAAGAAAGAAACAAGUUUAAAGAGACUAGAUAAUAGUUAUUGACUCUAAACUAUUUAAAUCUUUUGAAAACGUAAGAUUUCUACAGAACGGUUUUAAAAUCACAUAAUAUGCGGGGGGGGGGGGGGGUGUUUAUAUUUUGAUAGUGUAUGGCUAGAAAAAAUGAUAUUUGAAAUUUAUAGAUGAAUGGUAUUAAUGUUCUGAAGAUCAUCCAAUUCCUUCAAUUUAAAAGAUUCAUUUUUCUUGACAUCUAUGACAGAGCAAAACAUUAACAGGUUGUGUUUAUAAUUGUUGAUAAAGAGAGAUAAUUGUACUUUGUAAUCUGGAUUUGAAGUUUACUUGACUUAAUUAUUUGUAACUUUUAGAAUGUUGGUUUUUAUAUUAAAAUAUAAGAAUUCUUUUA